AUGGCGCCAAACAAACCAGAAGAAUCUGCACAAAAUGUUAUCGAACAACCGAUAUCCAUUGAUUACGAUCAUUUCAUAAAUGAUUUUUCGAAAUUGAGACAACCGUCCGUCAUCAGGGAGUUAAACAAAUUAUAUUCUCAAAAAACAUCUGAUAUGGUAUCACUAGCUGGAGGUUUGCCUAACGUAACGACAUUUCCAUUUAAAGAAAUUCAAAUUACAUUGAGUGACGAUUCGACGAUAUCGUUAAAAGAGAAAUCAUUAUACGAUGCACUACAAUAUAUUCCCACUCAAGGAUAUCCUCCAUUGUUAGAAAAACUUCGUACCCUUCAAUUGAAAAAUCAUCGUCCACCGUGUUGGGACAAUUCGGAAGUAUUAAUAACUCCAGGAAGUCAAGAUGGACUUUGUAAAGCUAUAGAAAUGUCAUUAUCACCUGGAGAACCCUUUAUCGUACAACAUCCGUUAUAUACCGGAACGGACAGCAUCUUGAAACCAUAUUGUUCGGACCUCAUACCCGUUGAACAAGACGGUAAUGGAAUCAUACCGGAACUUUUAAAAGAAGAACUGGAAAAAAGAAUAAAAAAUUCAAGUGAUUCGUUUACUAUGAAAAAAGGAAUUCCGAAGCUUUUGUACGUGAAUCCAACUGGAGCUAAUCCUACAGGAGUUAUACUAAGCACGGAAAGAAAAAAAGAAAUAUAUAAAUUAGCUUGUAAAUAUAAUCUUAUUAUUUUGGAAGAUGAUCCAUACUAUUAUUUACACUUUGACGAUACACGACCGGUGAGCUUUUUAUCAUUGGAUACGGAAGGAAGAGUACUCAGAUUCGAUUCCUUUUCCAAAAUAAUGAGUCCUGGAAUACGUUUGGGUUUCGUUACGGGUCCCAAACAAUUAAUAAGUAGAAUAGAACUUCACGUUCAAGCUGGUGCUUUACAUGCUUGUUCUUUAUCUCAGGUAAUUAUCGACAGCUUUUUAGAAAAAUGGGGAUUCGAUGGAUUUUUCGAACACUUAGAAUCCGUUAGAAAAUAUUACAAGCGUAAAAAAGAAAUGAUGAUUGCUGCAGCGGAAAAACAUUUAACAGGUUUAGCCGAAUGGAACAAUCCGACAGCGGGUAUGUUUUUAUGGAUAAAAGUUAAAGGACUACCAGAUACUUUUAAUUUAGUCGGUAACGAAUGUAUUAAACACGGUGUCAUGUUGGUCAUGGGUCACGCGUACAGCGUGUACAAGGACAAACCUUCGUCUUACUUAAGAGCCUGUUUCAGUUUAGCUACACCUGAGCAAAUCGAAGUAGGAAUGGAGAGGCUGGCCAAAGCAAUACGCGUCGAACAAGAACGUUACAAAAAUUCAACGAAUUCAAACAACGCUCCAUCGAAAAACCAUUGA